GGCUCCGCGGCUCUCCGGCCGGGCGGCGGGCCUGUCCUGCAGGAAAAGGCGUUUCACACCGUCGAUGCUCUAAAUAAGCUACUGUGUCUUAAUGAGGACGAAAGAAUAUGGCCUCCGCCACAGCGACCUACGGCCAGAAGGAGUCCUCGGACCAGAACUUCGACUACAUGUUCAAGAUCCUCAUCAUCGGCAACAGCAGCGUGGGCAAGACCUCCUUCCUGUUCCGCUACGCCGACGACUCCUUCACGCCGGCCUUCGUCAGCACGGUGGGCAUCGACUUCAAGGUCAAGACCAUCUACCGCAACGACAAGAGGAUCAAGCUGCAGAUCUGGGACACGGCGGGGCAGGAGCGUUACCGCACCAUCACCACGGCCUACUACCGGGGAGCCAUGGGCUUCAUCCUCAUGUACGACAUCACCAACGAGGACUCCUUCACCGCCGUGCAGGACUGGUCCACUCAGAUCAAGACGUACUCGUGGGACAACGCCCAGGUGCUGCUGGUCGGGAACAAGAGUGACAUGGAGGACGAGCGAGUGGUGGGAGGAGAGAGAGGCCGGCAGCUGUCUGAGCACCUGGGCUUCGAGUUCUUCGAGGCCAGCGCCAAGGACAACAUCAACGUGAAGCAGACCUUCGAGCGCCUGGUGGACAUCAUCUGCGAGAAGAUGUCGGACAGCCUGGACGCCGGCGACCCGGCGGUGACGGGGGCCAAGCAGGGGCCCCAGCUGACGGAGCAGCCGGCCCCGCCGCACCAGGACUGUGCAUGUUAAGCUCCUCCCCCUCAACCCCCCGUCACCCUACCCCGCUUCUCUCUGUGACCUCGUGAGGGGGAUUGGCCGAGGGGCUCCGGGGGGCGGGGCUCCGGGGGGCCGGAUGCAAAGGGUCUGAAACGCUCUGAGACGCUGCUGGACCAGGUGCUGGACCAAGUCCGGUUCCCCCUGCAUCAUAAAACAGCAAACAGAUUGUUUCAGACUCUUUGCAGACCCGGUUCCUGAAGGGUCCUGAAGGGUCCUGAAGGUUCUUGAUGGUUCCUGGAGGUUCCUAAUGGUUCCUAAAGGUUCCUGAAGGUUCUUGAUGGUUCCUGAAGGUUCUUGAAAGUUCCUGGAGGUUCCUGAUGGUUCCUGAAGGUUUCCUGAUGGGUCUUGAAGGUGCCUGAAGGGUCCUGAAGGUUCCUGAAGGUUCCUGAUGGUUCCUGGAGGUUCCUAAUGGUUCCUAAAGGUUUCUGAUGGUUCCUGAAGGUUUCCUGAUGGGUCUUGAAGGUUCCUGAAGGUUCCUGGAGUUUCCUGAAGGUUCCUGAUGGUUCUUGAAGGUUCCUGGAGGUUCCUGAUGGUUCCUGAAGGUUCCUGGAGGUUCCUGAAGGUUCCUAGAGGCUUCUGAACGUUCCUGAUGGCGCCUAAAGGUUCCUGAUGGUUCCUGAAGGUUCCUGGAAGUUCAUGGAGGUUCCUGAAGGUUCCUAGAGGCUUCUGAAGGUUCCUGAUGGUUCCUGGAAGUUCCUGGAGGUUCCUGAAGGUUCCUAGAGGCUUCUGAAGGUUCCUGAUGGCGCCUAAAGGUUCCUGAUGGUUCCUGAAGGUUCCUGAUGGUUCCUGGAAGUUCCUGGAGGUUCCUGAAGGUUCCUAGAGGCUUCUGAAGGUUCCUGAUGGCGCCUAAAGGUUCCUGAUGGUUCCUGAAGGUUCCUGAUGGUUCCUGGAAGAAGUUCCUGGAGGUUCCUGAAGGUUCCUGAUGGUUCCUAAAGGUUCCUGAAGGUUCCCGCCCCCAUCGUGUGUGGACUCCUCGGUCCUCGGCGUGCCGUCCUUCCCGUGGUCACAGUUCUUUACUUCAUAUCUCCAUCACAGGACCGCGAGGCCCCGGAGGACGUCCCCUGAAGCUCACCUGUUCCCUCUCUUUGUAGCGUAGGACUCAAACGUGUGUUUUCUCACCUGGAAUCCCAACAUGGAUACCGCAGGUGUUUUAUUUUCAUGAUUCAUCCCGAGCCUUUUUUUUCAUUUGGCUUUCUUCCUUUUUAAAAAUGUUUUUUUUAUUUAUUCUGGUGACCCCGUGUUAUUGUUUACUCUUUAUUCUGGGUGUAGAAAAUAUGAACAAGAUAGAGAAAAAACCUAAGAGACACCUUUUAUUAAAUUAUAUGUAUUCCAGAUGUACAUAUAAAUGUUGUGCAAUAUAUAUAUAUAUAUAUAUAUAUAUAUAUAUAUAUAAUAUCUACAGGUAUGCAUUUCUUGAAAUUAAUUUAAAAAGGUGUGAAGUUUAAUGAGGAUCGGAUCAAAUAUAUGAGAUGUUGUUGUUUGGUGGCGUGUGGACCUCACUGAUCCGGCUCAGGAAAUACUGAAUAUGAAGAAUUACAAGUUAUGAUAUUCCAGAUGUGUUCUUCAUCCUCCAAAUCCAACUCGUGUUGAUAUUACAUGUUGAAGUGAACGAUGAUGUCAUCAUGAGGCUGUGGGUGCUCGUGUCCCCGGAGGCGGCGCUCUCACUUUAUGAAUUAUGAACGUCUCCGCGUGAAACGGCGUCGCUCUCUGAAACGUGACGAGAUGGAUUUUGAUUUUUUGAUGAUACAAACGUGUGGUUUUGUUUGAUGAUUAUUAUGGUGUUUUAGGGUUUGACCCCAGAGAGAGAGAGAGAGAUGACCUGUUAGAGUCCGUUUGUCUGUAUGAUGUCAUCUCGCUCUGCAGGUUAUAGUUCUACAGUUCUAUAGAAUACAAUUAUAUAGUUCUAUAAUUAAUUAUAUAGAACUAUAGAACAGUAGAACAACAGAAUUAUAGAACUAUUGUACUAUAGAACUAUGUAGUUAUAGAACUAUAUCAUUAUAGAAAUAUAGAACUAUCUAAUUAUAGAACUAUACAAUUAUAGAACUGUAUAAUUAUAGAACUAUAGAACAAUAGAACUGGUCGGUAGGACAACGAGCGUUGUGACGAAGUGUCAUCCUGUGAUGCAACAGGAGAGGAGAGGGUGAAGCGUUAAGAAUCAAGGAGCAGGUCCUCAUAGAGUCAGUGAUCCAAGAAUUUAUUUACAGAGUAUACAGAUGGCACACACACACACACUCACAGACGAGCCGCUGACUAUUACAGUUUAAUAAAUGGUUAAAGUAUUGAUUAUGACCAGAGCGCUGAGAGCUACGUACUUCUUCCUGGUGGUGACUGUUCCUGAAUCCUGAUAACUCGUCUUCCUUUUCGUCAACCAGAUGUGUACAUAUUGUUUUCUUUGAGUCAACGUGUUGUCGUGACGACUCGGCAACAAGAAGAAAAAAAAUAGUAAAACCUUAAACCACCAAAAGAG